AUGGCAGGCAAGUGUCUGCUCCCCUUGUCUCCAGAUUCUGAGUUGCUCUACUUGGGCUUCUCUCUGUCUUCAUUCUCUCUCCCUCAAUGUCCUUCCCCUCCCCAUUCUAUCUAUUCUUUUGCCACAGGGUUUGAGGAGCCUAUCACUUUCCGUAUCACCCAGAUCUCAAUCUUUUACAACAAUUCUUGGGAGCAAACUCUGGCCUCAGGAUGGUUGGAUGAGUUGCAGACGCACAGGUGGGAGAGCAACUCCAGCACCAUCAUUUUCCUGAGGGCCUGGUCCAGGGGCAACUUCAGCAAUAAGGAGCUGAAGGAUAAUGAAAGGUUUUACCAUGUAUACCUCGUUCGAUUACAUCAGGCAAUCCAAACCUUUGCCAGCAUCUUGCAGGUGAAAUAUCCUUUUGAGCUGCAGGUAACAACAGGCUGUGAGCUGCGUCCUGGAAAACCCAUAGUCAAUUUCCUGCGAGGAGCCUAUCGAGGAUUAGAUUUCAUGAGUUUCCAGAACAAUUCCUGGGUGCCUUCUCCGGAGGGUGGAAGCAGGGCCCAGCUUGUCUGCCAAGUGCUCAAUCGGUAUCUCCGGUACAAGGAUAUAGCACAGCAGCGUCUCAGUGAUGACUGCCCACGUUUCAUCCUGGGUCUUAUUGAUGCAGGGAAGGCCUAUCUCCAGCAACAAGUGAAGCCUGAGGCCUGGCUGUCCAGUGGCCCCAGUCCCGGGCCUGGCCGUCUACUGCUGGUGUGCCACGUCUCAGGAUUCUACCCAAAGCCCGUGUGGGUGAUGUGGAUGCGGGGUGCGCAGGAGGAGCCAGGCACUCAGCGGGGGGACGUCCUGCCCAAUGCUGACGGGACAUGGUAUCUCCAAGCAACUCUGGAUGUGGAUGCUAGGGAGGCCGCAGGCCUGGCCUGUCGGGUGAAGCACAGCAGUCUAGAGGGCCAGGACAUCAUCCUUUACUGGGGUGAGAAAGAACUAGGCCCAGGCUGGAAAUGCGAUAGUGCUCCUACUUCUUCUGAUAGGUCUUGUGUUUUGGUCCCGAAAGCACUGGUCCUGUUAGGACACACUGUGGGCCUUCUCACCACGCUUCUCCCCUUCGGUGAACACCCAGCAGCCCAACGGCUUAGGAAGUACUUGAACACAUCACAGUGA